CCGAUAGUCAAUUACCGACGCGAUCAACUCAACGAAAAGACAUUUCGCGUCACACAGGAUUCUCCAACUGCUUUAAUCGCAAAACACCAUUCUAAUAACGGAACGAAAACCCGCAUACACUCGCGAAAUCAUUCAUCGAAGUUCCACCAGUGUCUACGGUCAACGCCAAUCGUCGGUCAAGGAAGCAAUCAAUAUAGAUACCGUGUAAAUCACUGGCAAUUAGCGACUAAUAAAUAUAAACACACGCCGAUCGGCCUGAUUCGUCUUCUAACGGCAGCUUAUCUAUGAAAAAUCACGUGAAAACUUAUCUAAGCGGUUCAACAUAAAUAGAGCGUACUUGAAAACGCCGAAAGGCCGUACGCAAAUCACAUGGCACGGUGAACCGAGGAGCCGUGUGUGCACGGUACUUAACUAGAUGCGCACGAUUUAAUCGUUCGCCGAGAAACGAUAAACGAGGUUGAUACAAAGGGAACUUCGCCGGCCAAUCGACACGGUUCGAAAACGGGAAGCGAGGAAAAACAAAGCACCGUGGCCGGGACCGAUAACGAUCGUUUUGCGCAGAUUAUACUGCACCAGGAAAAUCAGGGAUCAAUGACGGGUAAAUGGAAAUACGCUCGGAAUUAUCGAAAAGAACCCGUUGCACGGUUGAACGGUAGCCAGAGAGCGUAGCAUCGUGAGCGAACGAUCGAACGACAGGCGGCGAACAGGUCCGGUGUUGAACGACGACAACGAAACGGUUCACCGUGUGAAACGUCCCGAUGUAUCCCGACGACAUAACCUCAAAAACGGGGGGAUUCGGUGGCCCCCCACGGCGGCCACGAAAAUAAAAGUCCCGUUGUCUGUUGGCGAGAAGACACGGGCCGGGUCGAGAAGGUUCUCGCCGCAGACGACGCAAUGCCACGAAAAAAGUCAACGAAACUUGCGCAGGAGCUGGCAGGAAAGUCAAGAGCCCUCGCAGUUGACACAUGUCAAGCGUGCAGUGCAACUCGAAAAAACGUCAGGGUGGCCGACAACACACGAUUACGGGUACGGAUGUAAAAAUCGACACUCACCGCUGUGCCCGGUGUUGCUCGACGACUGGCCCAUUAUUCUCACGCCGACGGUGAUGGCAGGCACGAGAUAAAGCGCUCGGUGAUCGCGGCGUGCUCACGUGAAAAACCGGACGCAUGAGUGCGCGAAAGACCGACACAUUUUUCGAAAAAAUACUAUCACAUCGUGUACCCGCAGUGUCGCUACGACAGAGACGGACGGCCGCUACGAAGCAACGAGGUGAUUGGCCCGCGUGACCGUGCGCAUGCGCGACCCGCGGGAUUUUGAAUCGGCUCGCGUUAUCUACUCGCCGUAGAGAGACGUGAACGCGAUUUACUCGAUGCCGGUCCUGUCCGCGGGGUUCUGUCGUUCGCUAGCCGACCGUUCCUAAGAAAAGUCCACGGUGUUCCUGCGUAGAUCCCGGGUCAGACCCGAAGGAGACCCUGCGGAGGAGUACCCUAGGCCGCACGUCCUCACGGUUUCCUUCGUCCCAGCCCCGAGAGGAUCAUCGAUCAGCCCCAGGUAUAUUCCCGAGAAAGAAUCAACGACGACGAAUCAUCGCCUUGGUAACCGUCCGGCAAAACACUGCGUCGUGGAUGUGAUACUUCGCUCAGCAGCGUCGCCGAGGUACGCUAACCCGGCUACACCUGCGGACUCGUCCGUGAUCACCGAGACAUGCUAAUCGUCUUGUCUGGCACCGUUUCGUCCCGACUGACAUGAACCCGCUGGAGGAACGCGACUCGGAGGACUUUGGGCUCAACAGCUGACGGCAAUCAGGGGAUCGCUCGCUUCCUGGGUAGACCGCUCGCGGAUUCGGGGAAAGAUGGAUGUCGGUUUCUCUUGGAUGGUUUGCUUCGGACUGAUCGCGCUGCUCGUCGUGUCGCAAGGCUGGGCUAUUGACUGUUUCAAGUGCGUGUCGAUCGACGGCGACAAUAAGCCCUGCGACGAUCCGUUCCACAAUAACGGGAGUCUCGCUUUCUUGGAGUCGCCAUGCCUGGGAGGUCGCAAGGGCCGCGAUGGUCUCUUCCCUGCGACCGCGUGCAUCAAAAUAGCAGGCAUAUACGACGAGUCUGGAGUCUCUUUAACGGUGAGAAGCUGCGCGUUGGACAGUGGAACUUUGACGACCGACUCGGAAAUUAUAAGAAUGUCGCAUUGCGGAGGGUUCUACUUCGACGACAAAUACGUCCGCGGUUGCGUUCAAUCCUGCAACGACGCAGAUGCUUGCAAUGGAUCCAUACGACAGACAGCUUCAUUUACACUUCUGAUUUUGUCGCUUUUCGCCGAGUUCGUCUGACGAAGAUAUUCUACAUAUCACAUAUCGAUUACAAUCAUAGGCAAUUAUUGUAUAUAAGAAAAAGGAAGCCUUUAUUGGGAUGCGCGUAAUGGACCACUACGAACUUAAAACUAUAAUGUAAUACGACCAAUUAGCUGUGGACCAACGAUGAAAAAGAAGUAAUAUCUUCGAUUAAUAAUAAUAUUAAUACUUAUUAAUAAUAAUAAUAAUUACACAUCGAUAU